CUGGAACAUAUGUCGAGUAUAUAGAAACGAAAGGGAAGAAACGACGGUUCAUUCUGCGUGACCGCUGAUGAUGAAGUGGGGGAUUGCAGGCUCGUUGCUUGCGCUCUUCAUAUCAACAACAACAGCAUGGCCCUAUGAAGAGUCCUUGGUUGACUACAACCUCAAUGUGAACAAGAACGCCACCAGCCCGUUCGAAUACACCCCGCCAACAUGGCCCGGCCACAACUACACAGCGUCCCCCAAGAACUGGCGCUUUCCCUUCUACACCCUCAUGUUGGACCGUUUCGUCAAUGGCGACCCCACCAACGAUAACAUCAACGGAACGCUGUUCGAACAUGACCUCAAUUCGAACCAGAUGCGUCAUGGUGGUGAUGCAGUGGGCUUGGUUGACACUUUGGACUAUCUCCAGGGCAUGGGUGUUAAGGGUAUCUAUCUUGCAGGUACUAUCCUGAUGAACCAGCCCUGGGGCGCUGACGGUUACUCGAUUCUGGAUACAACGCUACUGGAUCAACAUUACGGCACAAUUGAGACAUGGAGAAGCGCCAUAGACGAGAUUCACAAGCGUGGGAUGUAUGUUAUCUUUGAUAACACUAUCGCAACCAUGGGUGAUCUGAUUGGCUUCGAUGGCUACCUGAAUGAGACCACCCCGUUUUCGGUCGACGAAUACAAAACAGUCUGGAAAUCAAACCGCGAGUAUGUCGACUUUCGCCCAGGGAACAAAUACAACGCCACCUGUGAUUAUCCUCGCUUCUGGAACGAAACUGGCUGGCCGGUAGACAAAGAUGUCCGGGAGGAGCUUGUUGGUUGCUACGACAGUGACUUCGAUCAGUACGGUGACAGAGAAGCCUUUGGUGUCUAUCCAGAUUGGCAGCGUGAACUGGCAAAGUUCGCUUCAGUUCAGGAUCGUCUGCGCGAGUGGCACCCCAGUGUCAGGGACAGGAUCAAGCUUCAUUCCUGCAACAUCAUCAAGGCUCUUGACAUCGAUGGUUUCCGCUACGACAAGGCCACGCAGGCCACCGUCGAUGCCCUGGCUGAUAUCUCAAGCACUUACCGGGAGUGUGCUCGCAGUGUUGGGAAGAACAAUUUUUUCAUUCCUGGUGAAAUUACUGGCGGUAAUAACUUUGGUUCAAUUUACCUCGGCCGUGGUAGACAACCUAACCAGUACCCAAAGUCUGCUAUGGAUGCUAUUGCCAUGACGAACAAGACCUCACAACAGUACUUCCUUCGCGAACCGGAGCUUGAAGCCAUUGACGGCGCCGCUUUUCAUUACUCGGUAUAUCGCACUCUCACUCGUUUCUUGGGUAUGAGCGGUAACCUGGCUGCCGGUUACGAUCUCCCAUUGGACUGGGUCGAUGCUUGGAACGUUAUGAUGCAGACAAACGACAUGAUCAAUGCCAAUACUGGAAAGUUCGAUCCCAGACACAUGUAUGGAGUGACGAAUCAGGAUGUCUUCCGGUGGCCUGCUAUUGAGUAUGGUGUCGAGCGAAAUCUCUUGGGAUUUUUCAUCACAACAUUGCAAAUGCCCGGUAUCCCCCUUCUGCUUUGGGGAGAAGAGCAAUCCUUCUACAUUCUGGACGCUACUGCAGAUAACUAUGUCUAUGGCCGCCAAGCAAUGUCUCCUGCCACGGCAUGGAGAACUCACGGCUGCUCUGCCAUUGACGCGACUCAGUAUUAUGACUGGCCUAUCACACAAGGCCGGGACGGCUGUCACGAUCCGGGCGUGGCCUAUGAUCACCGCGACCCCUCUCACCCUGUCCGCAACAUCAUCAAGCAUAUGUAUCAAAUGCGAGAGAACUUCCCCAUUCUGAAUGACGGUUACUCGCUUCAGACCCUAUCCAAGCAGACAAGGGAUAUCGUGUACCCGGGAUCAUACGGCAUAGCCACAGAGACAGGAAUGUGGUCUAUCUUGAGAGAUCGAGUCUCUUCGGUUCAAGACCUUGGCACUGACGAGGACAACCAAUCUGUGUGGUUGGUUUAUCAAAAUGACAACAAGACCGUGGACUACUCGUUCAAUUGUGGAAGCAACAACAGUGCUUUGAUUGCUCCCUUUCCCACGGGGACCACCGUCAAGAACUUGUUCUAUCCUUUUGAUGAACACAAACUGAAAGACAGCCCCAAGAAACUUGGCUUGAACGGCUCAAAGGAAUUCAACGGAUGCCUUGACAGCAUCACACUGAAACGCUACGAUUUCAGAGCAUAUGUCCCAAAAGCACGAUUCGUUGAACCUCGACCGAUGAUCACGAAGUUUUCCCCAGGUCAUGACGCUCCACUGCUCUCUACGGUUGCUUUUGACGAGUCCGAGGAAAUUGGUGUUAGCAUCGAGUUUUCCACGAAGAUGGAUUGCGAUGGUGUCACAAAGGCUAUCUCUUUUGAGUCGCAAACUGAGUCCGGCAAAACUCCUUCCAUUGACAACUCAAGCGUCGAUUGCAGGUCUCUGACUGUGUCUAAUAACACUCAAUAUGUGGGCCAACUUCCGAGCGCCUGGUCUUGGUCGGCCAAGCUGUCUGGUGUGUAUAAUGGUGUUCACAAAUUGACCGUCAAGAAUGCCACUGGCUCUGGUAGCACCGGCUCGACUGAGGCCGUGGAUCAUUUCUUGUUCCGUGUCGGCCAAAGCGACAAUCCGGUUGUUUUCUUCUCGGCCAACUACUCCACCAACCUUCUUCACCAGUCCGAUAAUGGGUCUCUCUAUAUUCAGCAUAGAGCACCCGGAGCUAGCAAGUACCGCUAUUCGACAAAUUGGGGGAGUACCUUUUCAGGCUGGUUCAACUACACAGGCGGCAAUGAUACUAUUGAAGAAUUGCCUUGGUCUGGAACCAACAAGCAAAAGUGGGAUGGCCAACAUGUGCGAGUUGAAUACUGGAGCAAAUUGACCGGUAGCAGCGACUACGUUCAAGAGGGUGACUACAACUGGGAUGGCCCGACACGACGCUUUCCACACCUUUUCUUCAACGGGCCUUACAACCAAUACGGCUUUGAUGCUGGGUUGGACAAUGUUGUGAAACAGGACAGUGAAGGAUACUGGAACUUCAGGGUCGUGGCUGAGUAUCCCGCACAAGGUCAAUUCAAUGUUUGGGGUAUGGAUCCAAACGGCCAGCCGGACGAGUCGUAUGUGUUCGGUGAUGUGGAUGGAGAUGGAGUCUUGGAUCGCAUGCCACCUUCCUCGCUCAGCAAGCUGUCUGUCAACAUCACCAAAGUCCCCCCUUCGCCGUACCUCCUAUGGAAAGUCCAUCUAGACGAUGGGACUAUGCGACUGAACCUUGAGCCUACCGGAUCUCGGAUCUCCCAGCUUAUUGUUUACAUCCUGCUUUGGGUGGUUCCCAUUUUGACGGCUGCGGCUUGUGUCUAUGCCUUCAUGAAAUCAUUCUACCAGGUCAAGUUCAACCAGGUCGGUGUCAUGGAAAAGAAAUCGAUCUUUCCAAUGCUCUUCGGCAAGAGGUUAAACCAUGAUGGCCAGUCAACAAACCCUCUGAUACGGCUCGCCAAUAGAUCAGGAUUUCUCCAGAGCACGUCUGCGUUCGCUGCAGCUGGCUCACGGCGGCGGACUACGCUGAUUGCAACCAUGGAAUACGACAUUGAAGACUGGGAGAUCAAGAUCAAGAUCGGAGGCUUGGGUGUUAUGGCCCAGUUGAUGGGGAAGCACCUUGGAGAUCAAAACCUCAUCUGGGUCGUUCCUUGUGUCGGCGGAGUGAACUAUCCAGUCGACCAACCCGCCGACCCGAUGUUUGUCACAGUCCUUGGUAAUCCAUACGAAGUCAAGGUUCAAUAUCACGUCAUGAAGAACAUCACCUAUGUUCUACUUGAUGCCCCGGUGUUCCGUCAACAAUCGAAGACUGAGCCCUACCCUGCUCGCAUGGAUGAUCUGGACAGCGCAAUUUAUUACUCUGCAUGGAACCAGUGUAUUGCCGAAACUAUCAAGCGCUUUGGGAUUGAUUUGUAUCAUAUCAAUGACUAUCACGGCUCGAUUGCUCCGCUUUACCUCCUGCCUCAGACGAUUCCGGUUUGCCUCUCACUCCACAAUGCUGAAUUCCAAGGACUUUGGCCCAUGCGCACGCAGAAGGAGAGAGAUGAGGUCUGUUCAGUCUUCAACCUCGACAUCGACAUUGCAAGACGCUAUGUGCAAUUUGGUGAAGUCUUCAAUAUGCUUCAUGCUGGAGCAAGCUACCUCCGCGUCCAUCAACAAGGGUUUGGUGCUGUUGGUGUGUCCAGGAAAUAUGGAAAACGUUCCUACGCGCGCUAUCCUAUCUUCUGGGGCCUGAAGAAGGUUGGAAACUUGCCCAACCCCGAUCCAUCUGACACCGGUGAAUGGAACAGGGAGUUGCCCAAGGACAGUGACAUUCAGGUUGAUCCGAUCUACGAGGCUGGCAGAGCAGAAUUCAAACGACAGGCGCAGGAAUGGGCAGGGUUGGAGCAAAAUCCCAAUGCAGACCUUCUUGUGUUCGUGGGGCGUUGGUCCAUGCAAAAGGGCGUGGAUCUUAUUGCUGAUGUGAUGCCUGCUGUUUUGGAAGCCCGUCCCAACGUGCAACUGAUCUGUGUUGGCCCGGUCAUUGACCUUUAUGGUAAAUUUGCCGCGUUGAAACUGGACCGCAUGAUGAAAGUUUACCCAGGGCGUGUCUUCUCAAAGCCCGAGUUCACAGCUCUUCCACCUUACAUCUUCUCUGGAGCUGAAUUUGCUUUGAUUCCGUCGCGCGACGAACCUUUUGGACUUGUCGCUGUUGAAUUUGGUCGAAAGGGUGCACUGGGCAUUGGUGCGCGCGUUGGAGGUCUGGGCCAAAUGCCAGGCUGGUGGUAUAACAUUGAGUCCACGACAACUUCUCACCUCUUGCAUCAAUUCAAACUUGCCAUCGGAAGUGCCUUGAACUCCAAGACUCAAGUUCGGGCGAAGAUGCGAGCUCGUUCAGCCAAGCAACGAUUCCCAGUUGCUCAAUGGGUGGAGGAUCUGGAAAUCUUACAGUCGACUGCAAUGCGGAUCCACAGCAAAGGGAUGACCAAAUCGAACGUUCAACCUCUGUCAUCUUCAGGUUACAAUACUCCCAGUGGACUUAUGACACCUACUAUUGCAUCUUCAGGACAUCUCACCCCGGUUGGAAUGCAGACUCCCCCAAUCGCACAUUCUCGCGAAGGAAGCUACUCCAAUAUCAAUCGCCUCAGCGCCUACGGGCCACAGCAGCGGAACACCAUUGUGUACAGUCGGGACCCAAGUCCUGGUGCCAACGAAAAGCCCAAGUCAGGCUUGAGCAGACAGUUAUCGCUUGGUGUACGCGCUGGACCUGGUCAUCUCAUCCGUCGCGGACGCCGCCGCAUGAGGAGAAGCAUGGGGCAUGAUGAAAGUGCCAAUGCUUCGAACACUGAGGAGAGCAGUGACGACGACAUCAUGCCCAGCUACUAUGGAGAAGAGGAGUACACGCUGACCCCAGAGCAAGUCGAAGAAGGACGUCGAGCGGAGGCAGCCCAGCAUCUCGACGGUCAAAGGCAAACCCCUGUCAGAGACUAUCUCAGUCGGAGACACUCCAGCCAGAGCACGCUUCCACCUUUGUCUCUUCUCUCUCCGACCUCGCCCGGAAGCCCCGAGCCAGAAGACGCCGUUAUAACCCCCGUGAGACCAUAUAUCAACGAACCUGGGAACCGCCUGAGCAGUGCAUCUGUCUUGUCUGUUGACUCGAUCAUUGGCGAGAAGAAAGAUUUCAAACUGCAGAAGGUGGACCCUUUCUUUACGGAUAGCAACGGUGAAUACUACAAGGUGUUUGAGAAGAAAUUGGAAAACUUGAAUGGCCACAACUCCGAAUCACAGCUCUGCAUUGAGGAGUACCUGGUUAAGAGUGAGAAGAAGUGGUUCGAUAAGUUCAGAGAUGCAAGACUUGGCCGCAACCAAUCACCUGCUGGUUCGAUCUUCCACAACAGCAAGGAGAACAACUCGGGAUCAGUCUCCAACGAUGACAUGAUUUCGCGUGAAAGUGGAAGCGACGGACGGCAAGAGAAGGAUGAAUUCCUGCUCGGGACUGAUUACGUGCCCCCCACCGGCCUUAGGAAAUGGAUGCAGGUUCGAAUUGGCGAUUGGCCAAUCUAUUCAUUCUUUCUGGGCCUUGGACAGAUCAUCGCAGCCAAUUCUUACCAGAUCACUUUACUGACAGGCGAAGUGGGUGAAACUGCUGAUAAACUCUAUGGAAUUGCGGCUGUGUACCUGGCCGCGUCUAUUGUUUGGUGGUUCUUCUUUCGCUUCUUCAAGUCAGUCUUCGUGCUUUCACUACCUUGGCUCCUUUACGGCAUAUCAUUCGUCAUCAUUGGUGUUGCGCACUUCGAGAAGGAUACUUUUACUCGCGGUUGGAUUCAGAAUGUCGGUGCAGGUAUCUACGCUGCGGCAUCUGCCAGUGGCUCUCUGUUCUUCGCCCUCAACUUCGGUGAUGAGAGUGGGGCUCCCAUUAAGCAGUGGGUGUUCCGUGCAUGCAUCAUUCAAGGCAGUCAACAGGCCUACAUCAUUGGUUUGUGGUACUGGGGUACGAGCAUAUCCCAGGCCGUCCAAAGCGGGCAAACCAAUGUCCAGGGCUACAUCACAGAGACCUGGAAGAUGACUGCCAUCUGUAUACCAAUUGCCGUCUUCUUGUGGGUCGUUGGUCUUCUGAUCUUCUUCGGCUUGCCUAGUUACUACCACCAGACACCCGGAAAGGUUCCUUCAUUCUACAAGUCGGUGUUCAGACGCAAGAUUAUCCUCUGGAACUUCGUGGUGGUUAUCCUGCAGAACUUUUUCCUGAGUGCACCCUAUGGUCGGAACUGGAGCUUCCUCUGGAACUCCGCACAUGCAAAAGGCUGGGAAGUGGGGAUUCUCUGCAUUGUAUUCUUCGGUUUUGUCUGGGCAGGUCUCCUAUACAUCUUCGGCUUCCUCUCCAGAAGCCAUAGUUGGAUUCUCCCCGUCUUCGCUUGUGGUUUGGGCGCGCCACGAUGGGCACAAAUAUGGUGGGGUGUCUCAGGCAUGGGUCUCUACCUCCCCUGGGCAGGCGGUUACACCGCUGGUGCCCUGGUGUCUCGAAGUCUAUGGCUAUGGCUCGGAGUCCUGGACUCCCUUCAGGGCGUCGGGUUCGGUAUGAUCUUGCUUCAAACUCUAACAAGAAUGCACAUCUGCUACACGUUGCUGGCAUCCCAAGUGCUGGGUUCAGUCGCAACGAUUUGCGCGAGAGCAUUCGGUCCGAACAAGAUCGGCCCUGGGCCUAUCUCUCCGGAUAUCACAGUGGGAGCCAGCGCCAUAGCGAAUGCUUGGUUCUGGGUUGCGCUCUUCUUCCAAUUACUCAUUUGUGCCGGAUUCCUCAUGUUCUUCCGGAAAGAACAGCUCACGAAGCCUUGAUUGAUCUUGUUCCGUCCUUCUUCCGCUGCUUCUCGCAGCACCCAGCUCAACCAACCAACCAACCACCACGAGCUGGCCAAUAAUACACACUCGAAGAAGAUCAAUCCAGGGAGGAAAGCGAAUCUUUCCCCCAGCAUCCUCACCAUUUUCACCCACACAUGCACGCGCCCUUGUAUAUUAUCUAUCAUCCAUCCAUCCUCUCCCUCAACCGGCACAACCGACGCAUUGCAUUGCUUCGCCUCGCAUCGCAUCACGCCACCCUCACGUACAUAUACCUGCGUGAUUUCAUCAUUCACUGCUUCUUUCAUGAGCCU